CUUCCCAGGGGACUGGGUCACUUGGACCUUGCUACUUCCUGCUCUUCAGUCCAUGGUUCAGACUAUGGAGCUGUGGGUGCAGCUGAAGCAGGCCGGACUGGAGCCCAGUGGAUUGGGUCCACUCCCCAAGGCUCUAAGGAUGCCCCCACCAGAGGGGAACCCCGGUCAGGCCCUUACGUCUUCAGGGGCAGAAUUCAGGGGUGCCAGGGAGCUGCUGCUAUGGAUCUGGGAGGAGCUGGGAAACAUGCGCCGAGUGGAUGUCCAGCUGUUGGGACAACUGUGUGACCUUGGACUGGAGAUGGGGACCCUUCGGGAAGAGCUGGUCACUAUCCUGGAAGAGGAGGAAGAGGAAGAAGAGGAGGAGGAGAAGGAGAGCUGUGUUGAAGAGGACAAAUGGCCCGAGGGGAAGCAGGAGGAAUAUCCUUCAGGGAGCUCCUAUCCAACCCAGCGCCUCCCUGACUUUGAGAUGACCAUCUGAGGUCAUUUAGCUUGACACGCAAAUGAGAUGCAAAUUCAUGCAAAGGAAAACGGAGAUUGAGAAUCAAGGGUGUUCCUUCAGCAGACCCAAAACACGUGCAGUUGGAGACCCCAGCAUGGGCCCGGGGGCUGUGGGCAGGUGUGAUUGUAGAUUUGGGAGGGGCACAGAAGCCACAGGUGUGUCUGAAGAGAUGCUGCAGUGUGACCUGGAGGCCAGGUGCUCAGCCAAAGUGACGGAAUCUUACAGGUUUGAAGACCAAUUCUGCUUAGUGUGGUAGGCUCCAUGGAACUGAAACGUGGUGGGUUCAGACUGAGAUGAGAGGUGGACAAAGGUCAAACACCUCUGUGGUAAAACCUCUCAACAGUUCAAACAACUCGACAACUACGUGUUGAAAUGAUAUUUUGAAUAUGUGAGAUAAAAUAUUGAUUU